GCGUUUUCAUUCAUCACGUCACUAGUAGUGUCUUUGAGGAGUGAGUUCUGGAAGUUGCCAUAGUGCCGCAUCACUUACAGUCUGCCUCCAUCACACACACACCUCACUGCGGUACUGCACGCGAGCGGUUUGUCACACACACACACUGAAUUAACUAGUUCUUUCCCUUUACCCGCAUCGCAGAUGGAAUAACUGAAUGCCGUUCUUCAUUUAAAGAGCAAAAGAUAAGGCAACGCAUUUUAACUGAGCCGAGGAGAGCAUAGACACGCCUCAAACUGACUGACAUCAGCAUGGGCAUCGAGAGUCAGGGCCCCACCCGGCCUGCAGGAAAUCUCUUACCAAAUCAAAUGAGGACAUUUCAGAAUGUGGAGCCAAAAGCCCUUGGGUCCAUUCAGAUCAUCAUUGCUGUCUUGUGUCUGUGUCUGAGCAUCACCAUUCUUCAGCUCUAUGAAGAGGUCCACUUCUCUCCCGAUGUCAUUGUCGUAGUAGUGAUUGUUGUUCAGUUACUUGUGUCUGGAUCGAUUUUAAUCCAUGCUGGAAGGUUCCCUUCACUGUUCUGGGUGAAAGCCACACUGGUUGCUCACCUGGUUAGUGCAGCAUUUUCUACUGCCGUUCUUGGCCUGCUGUCCCGCCACCUGCCUUACCGCCAGGACACGUACCAUUGUGAGCACUGCAGGAGACUGGAGAUCUAUGCUGUGCAACAACAUUGUUACAAGAAGUGCACUUAUACUGUCGAGAGAAAUUGUAAACUCUUGAUUGAUGGCUUCUUGGCAACCUUGGUGCUGUUUCUGGUGGUGGAGUUGACCAUCUGCAUUGUGACUAUUUUGUUUGGACUCAGUGCUCUGGCUAAAGGUGGCCUGCAGUUACCUGGUUUUGGACAGCAUUCGGCCCUAUUUCAGCCUGAGGCGGCCACCCCUAACCAACCCCAGGUGGAGGUGAUGGUCUCUGAGGUGGAGCCGAUGCCAGAACGUGAGCCUGAGCCAAAAUCUGAGCCAACAGAAGAAAUCCCCAGCCCCCCGACUGAACCUCAAGUGGCCCCCAUUGACUCUAUAACAGACAUUUGA